GAAUGCACAGGGCGUGGGCACUGUCCGCGCGUGCAGGGCGCGCGCCCAGGGCGCACGGUGACCCAUUCCUCCCAGCGGUGGCCGUGGGUCCCGCGUGCAGCGCGGCACCCUCGCCUCCGCCCGUGUAGGAGGGACUCGGCUUCGGUCGCCAGCAGCCUGCUUCUCCCCCGCCGCAUUCCUCCCCGGCGCUCGCGGUGCGCGCACGCUCAGAACGCCUGGCUCGGCGGACUCACCCCCGGUCACUUCCGCACGGUCCGGCUAGUUGGGGUCUGAGCGCCGCCCCGGCCCUCCCCCGUCACCCUCGGACUCCGGGUGCCUUACGCGGGAUGGGCAGGACCGCGUGCACUCGGUGCUGGCGCCCCGGCAGAACCACCCUGGCGCACGUGUUCCUCCGGCGGGAAGGCGGGGCGGCGGGGGCUUCCCCACCCCACCCAGCCGACCGCGUGGACCUUUGACGCGCCUCCAGUCUCCUGCCAGGCCCUUCGUCCGUCUCCCAACCCAGAGCUCUGUAGGUGUAGAUUGACUUCAUUUUUUGGAGGAGCGGUUGGAGCAGAGCGCUGGAGAGUGCCUGGGAACCUGGGCACUGCUUGCAGUCCUUUCCUGAGUGGACCCAACAUGUCUGCAAGAGGAAACUGUCCCCAGAGAUCCUGUGUGCUUUCCCCGGCCGAAACGCUUGUCCGAGAGUCCGGGGUUGUGGCGCAGGCACGCUCGGAACGUCAUCGUCUUGUCCGGGGCUGCCGGGGGCCUGGGCAGCAUGGUGCCCUCCAGCCAGGCGGCGGAGAAGCAGAUGCCCGCGGAGCCGGGGCCGGACCCUGAGCUCAAGUCCUGGAGGUGCCUGGUGUUCUAUCUGUGUUUCUACGGCUUCAUGGUGCAGUUGCGGCCCGGGGAGAGCUUCAUCACACCGUACCUCUUGGGCCCCGAUAAGAACUUCACACGGGAACAGGUCACCAACGAGAUCACGCCGGUGCUGUCCUACUCCUACCUGGCGGUGCUGGUGCCCGUCUUCCUGCUGACCGACUACCUGCGCUACACGCCCGUGCUGGUGCUGCAGAGCCUGAGCUACGUGUCCGUGUGGCUCUUGCUGUGGCUGGGCCGCUCGGUGCUGCACAUGCAGCUCAUGGAGCUCUUCUACAGCGUCACCAUGGCCGCGCGCAUCGCCUACUCGUCCUACAUCUUCUCGCUCGUGCGCCCCGCCCGCUACCAGCGCAUGGCCGGCCACUCGCGGGCGGCCACGCUGCUCGGUGUCUUCACCAGCUCCGUGCUGGGCCAGCUGCUCGUCAGCGCGGGCGGGGUGUCCUUCUCCACGCUCAACUUCGUGUCGCUCGGCCUCCUCGCCUUCAGCCUGGUCCUCGCCCUGUUCCUGAAGCGCCCCAGACGCAGCCUCUUCUUCAACCGCGACGCCGCCGUGUGCCGCGGGGCCGCGCCCUCCGAGCUGGGCCGCAUGAGCCCGGGCGCCGCGCCGGGCCGGGCGCCGCGGGGGGCCUGGCGGGACUGGACGCUGGUGCGCAUGCUCCGCGAGCUGGGGCGCAACCUGCGGUCGCCACCGCUCCGCCUCUGGUCCCUCUGGUGGGUCUUCAACUCGGCCGCCUACUACCUGGUCGUCUACUACGUGCACAUCCUGUGGAACGUGGUCCACCCCACCACGGACUCCACCUCGGUCUACAACGGGGGGGCGGACGCCGCGUCCACCCUGCUCGGUGCCAUCACCUCGUUCUCCGCGGGCUUUGUGAAGAUCCACUGGGCGCUGUGGGCGAAGCUGGUCAUCGCGGGCGUGACGGCGCUCCAGGCCAUGCUGGUCUUCCUCAUGUACAGCACCAGCAACAUCUGGCUGUGCUACCUGGCUUUCGUGCUCUUCCGUGGUGCCUACCAGUUCCUGGUGCCCAUUGCCACUUUUCAGAUUGCGUCUUCUCUCUCUAAAGAGCUCUGUGCCCUGGUCUUCGGAGUCAACACAUUCCUUGCCACCGUCCUCAAGACCAUCAUCACUCUCAUUGUUUCUGACAAGCGGGGUCUAGGCCUCCCAGUCCACUCACAGUUUCUUGUCUACUUCGUGUACUUCCUGGUGCUGUUUGGUGUCUACCUCUUGGGGGCCAUGCUGGUGGUCCUGCAGCACUUCCAGGCCAGCCGCCGCGCGCCCCCGCCCCCGGAGCUGAGGAGCCCUGCCGAGGAGAAGGCCAUGCAGGUGCUGAGCGAGCAGGACGGCGGCCUCAGCAGCCUGCAGCCCGAGGCCCUGCCCCUGGCCCCCCAGGAGCAGAACCAGCAGCCCGAGGCCAAAGCCUGACCCUUGGACACCAGCGGCCUCCCGCCAGCAUCCUCCACGUCCUGGGGCCUUGGCAUCUCAGAACAGAUGCCCCCUCCACGCCCCCACAGGUGGCCCGCCCCUUGGUGUCAGCGAUCCAGGUUUCCGGCCUCGUCCACGUUACAGGGUUCAGAUUGUGGAGCCAGUGGUGACCAGCGGGGACCCUCCAUGGUACCUCCCUGUGACCUGCACCUCGGGGGCAGCCUGCCUCAGGAGGGGCCUUGGCUUGUCCUGCAGUGGCCCGAGGACGGUGCCUCUCCGCCCUGCUUGGCGCUCUGGCCCUGUCCCCCGCCCACACGUGGUGGGCAGUGGGGAUUCACAUGCCCACCAGGCCUCCCCACCAUCACCCCCCACCCUGGGAAGCAGGCCCUGCUUGUCCCUGGGGACCAGUGACUGGGAUAGGGACUCGGGCCCCCGCAGUGCGAGGCUGGGAGCCCUGAUUUGUGCGGACUGUGGCUCAGUUGUCCAGGUACUUGCUUUAGACAAUGCUCUUCCUUUUUUAAAAAAAUUGACCUACACGAGAAA